AAUUCUUUGAAUCCAGAUGAAGUGUAAUUUAUUGUUAUCAAUCUUUUUUAUUGCGAAAGUAUUCAGCCAUAAGAACCAUGUUGUGCACGAGAAGAAAACAUUUGUUCACCCUCUUGGCAGUUUGGGGAGCGCCAAAUGUUUAAUUGAAGAAAGUGCAUGGACACAAAUGGAGUUUUAUAGUUUUAGGGAUAUAAGAUAUGCGGAACCACCUACUCGAUAUUAUAGAUUUAGGCCAACUCCCAUUAUUACCAAAUUCGAUGCUGAACCAUAUGACGCAACAGAAUAUCGAAAAUCAUGUGUGAAUACCUCCUUUGGGACUACACAAAACACCAUAGAUGAAACCAUAUUAGAUUGUUUAUAUUUGGCAGUUCAUACUCCAAAACUCCAAGGAAAUCUACCUGUAAUGGUCUACAUUACGGGAUUUGAUUUACUUCAUGGAUCUAACGAGGAAGCCGACCCAGGUUUCUUUAUGGAACGUGACAUAGUGCUUGUGUCAAUUCAAUAUCGUGUAGGAGUUUUUGGGUUCCUUAACGCUAAUACACCUAGUAUUCCAGGAAAUGGUGCGAUACACGAUAUAUUGACAGUUCUGAGGUGGAUUAGAAAGUAUAUUUCGUUGUUUGGUGGGAAUCCUAAUUCGGUAACCUUAUUUGGGCAAUAUAAAGUUGCUGGGAUUAUCCAAUUGCUCACCAUGAUUCCAGAAGCGGAUGGCUUAUUCCAUAAAAUCAUAUGUCAAUCAGGAUCGGUAUUCACUGAGAAUAUCUUCAGUUUUUCAACGGCAGCAAUCUCGACGCAAAUUGGUAUAAUGCUUGGUUGUCCGAAUAUCCUUAAUGCAAAGAAACUUUCAGAUUGCAUUUUAGGAGCCAGCAUUGCUGAUUUAAACUUCCUGUUUUGGGAGUAUUUGAAAAAUCACAAUGGGAACGUUGGAUUGUUAACAGUAGGUGGAAUCGGAGGAAUUAUUCCUUACAUGCCAUAUGAAUCAAAAAGACGAGGUCGUAUUCGAUCACAUCCGAUGAUUAUUGGAAUUGUUGAGAAUCCUGCUACUUAUAUAUUGGAUGCUUUUUUUCCUGGUCAGCUAUCAAUUUUCUCCAGAAAUCAUUUGUACCCUAUCGGUGGCUUCGAUCUUCAAGGGGAAGAAUACAAGCACUCCCUGCUGGAUCGAAUUUCGGUAUAG